AUUUCCAACGCAUGAAGCGUCACGACGCGAACGCGCCGUCGGCCGGGAUAGAGUCGCUUUCUGCGUCCGAAUGUCCAUCCCUCGACGGCGCACAUUAGCCGACAUCCCUGUUUGUUUCUUCCCACAAAGCAUGCUAUGACUCUAUGUUUGUUGAGGUGCGAAACUCAUCCUGUCACGAGCGUUACCCACGAUCCCAACCGUCGUUGAGACACCUACCUUCUCUUCUGUUCUCUGUAUCUUCACCUACAGAACAUCACGACCAGCCAUGAACUCAAUGGCUCUUCCCCGAACUCUCGCGAACACCAGCUGGCGAGCUGUAUCAGCCGCUUCGACAGCGGUGCCAAGUCACGCAGGGUUCCUCGCACAGCGAUGCUAUGCAACGCGCGCUAUAAAGUCGACGACGGCUACUGCGACUGUCACGACUCCGAAAGCCACCGCCGCCGCGAGGAAGACAACAGCCGCCGCCACGACGAAGAAGAGCGCGAGCACUGUUGCCGCCGUAAGCAAGAAGACUACUCAGGCGCGGACUGCUACGUCGAAGACGAGCUCGACCAAGCCCACCUCCACGACUGCGAAGUCCGCUGCUGCCGCCCCUCUGAGCACAACCCCCAAAGACACAAAGGCCGUCAAGAACACUGUUAGUUCUACAACCGCUACCAGAGCUGCCACCGCAACUGCGAACAAGAAGGUGUCUACGACCAAGGCUGCUGCUGCCGCCGCCCCCAGGACUCCCACGCCUGUCUCAAGCCCUGCGCCUACUGCCACCUCGGCGACAGUAACCCCAGCGAGCGCCCCGAAACCCACUCCGGCGGUGGCCCCAACAACGGCCCCGACUCGACCUGUUGCCUCUACAUACCCUCAUCCGCCCCGCGCGCCGGAGCCGGAGCCGGAGGCUCACCCGAAGCUGAACCCGAAUAGUAAAGAGUACCGCAAGGCGUACGGCACAGCGGCAAGGAAGUGGACCGCGACGAUGGUCGCCAUGCCCAUUCUGCUUGUUACCUCCUACUAUCUCUUUGACAGAUUGGCUCUGGGAAGCAAGCCAAAAGUAAUGCCGGAUUUUGAAGGAACCAAAAAACACAUCGAGGAGGCAGAAGCUGAAGCAACGGCGCAACUCAAGGUGGCCUAAUCUCCAUUCUGUAUCGUAACGAUCCUGACGAAUACCCACUCCCGCACCCACGAGGUCGAACUAGCAUCCAUGUUGCUACUUUCCGUUUUGUCUCUGCCUGCGAGUUUCAUUCUUGAUGCCGAGUGCGAGUUGACCAGUUCUCGGCAACAGUGGGACAACGCAUAGCUUGAGGACCGCGAUCUAUGAUCAUGUUGUUUCUGGCCGUCAGCUUUCAAGCUUGUCAUUCCAAAUUCAGCUUAUGACUAACUCACCUGAUCGAGAUGGUAACGCCCGGCCAGCUCCACAACUGAACAUGUCCUUUUUAAAUCGGCUAGCAUCAGGCCAGAGAGCUUUGCUCACACGUUUGAUAGAGGUAACUAAGUCAUUGGCUGUUCUAUAUUUCAUUUCGUGUUAAUGACUGCAAAGGAAAC